AGCCCGUCGAAAAAUCUCAAGAAAUCAUUUUAAAACGGUGACUUUUAAAUAGAUGAACUUCUUCUAUAAUUGCAAUAACUUAUAUAAAAAUGAAACUCUUCUUUAUUUUAAUAUUAUAUGCCUUUGCAAAUGUUUUGACCGUUGACGUGGCUAACUAUAAGGAAAACGUUUUCGUGGCAAACUUGUACACCGAGCAGGCUUUAAAUGCAGGUGUUUUACCGGAAAUAAUUAAAGGAGUUGUUUGUGGAAAUCGACACACAAUGGGGGAAUUGGCUAUUAUGUUCGUUGUACCGGAACGUGCAGAUCCCGACCAUCUAGUCGAAUGCACAAGACUUCAAGUUGAUCUGAGGAAGGAAAUACACGUUGCUUUUUACAAUCUCCAAGUGACGCAGGCCAAGAAGCCUGUCCCAAACAGAAUUUCAUAUAUUCUCAAGAACCCUUCUGUCAAAGGCCUAAAUUUUGAAAAUGCUGAUUUGUUACAUUUUGGAGCUAUCCGAAGAAAGUUGACUCAAGACGUUAUAAAAUCUGUAGUCAUCGAUACAUCAAUUAAAAAGGAAACACAAUUGGCUUUUGAAAAGUAUUGUUUACUAAUGGGAUUGAUCAGCUGCACAGAAGGCCGAGAUUAUUUCAUAAUAGACGCAGUAAUCAAUGAUGAUGAGGAAUGUGUCUUAACUAACUACAACAAAGUUAAGAUCACAUACCACUCCGUCGAGCAAAUUGUGGAACAUGUAAAAAUAUUAAGACAACAGGCAAACCUUCUUUCUCGGUCAUAGAGUGAAUGAGUAAAAUUAGAAAAGUAUUUUUUUUUGUAAAAAAGAAAAACAUGGUAAAUAAAAACGUUAAGAAAUGUUAAAAAAAUCUACUGUGUCAAAACUAAUUGUAUGAUACCCAAAUCGCUAUUGUAAAAAAAGUAAGUUUUUUUUAUUAUUCCCUGUAUUCUUCAGGUAUGACACGUUAACCAGAAAUCUUAGGGAUUACUAAUGAAAAAAUAUAUACCACUAUUAUUGUUUUAUUUAAAUAAUUGUCGCAUUCUGCACUAGUAUCCAAAUUGUCAAUAUAUUAAAUGUAUUUUAUAACAAA